AUGGAAAAAGUGGUCACAUAUUUCCAGAACGUUCUGUCAGUGAAUGUCAGUGCGGAUACCUACGAUACUCCUGCCUGGUUGAGAAAUGUUUGCCAACAGAUCGUGAGCGGAAUAGCUUGGUGCAAGGUCAAUAACCAGCGCGUUUCGUUCUUCUUGAAGCCCGGACUCGAAGGAUGUGACGUCUCCGAAUUGGUACGAACUAUUGGCGACGAACUUGCCCAAUGUGAACAGCUUGCUAUACGUGCCGGAAAAAGAGUGCCUACGGAUAACGGUCUCAAGCUCACACCACAGGCCGCCCUCUUGGACGAGCUGUCUCGACUGCCAACGCCAAGGAGUCAGUCAGUCACCGCUCAACCGUAUUACACGCGAACCGAUGAAGCUGAGGAAAAACCUGUG